CUGGUCCCGCCGGGGUUCAGGCUCAGUUCCGCCCGGCAACAGGCGGGCGGGUACUUACGACGCUCCCUGCCCGCGCCCUCCCUGAAGCAUCAGAGGGGAAAACAGCGUGGCCCUGGGCUCGGGUGCUGGGGCUGUGAUGUCCUCGGAAAGUCAGCUCCAGCCCCAGAACCCCGCGUGUCCGGGCGAUGGGCGAGGGUCGGGGACACCAGGGGGAAAGGGGGCGGGGAGCAGAGGUGUCCCUCUGACGGCGGCAGAAGAGGCAGACAGACGGACAGACACGCAGAACAACAGUGCGGCCCCAGGGUUCGUCCCCAGACUCGCGAGCUCGUUUGGUGGUGACUGGGGCUCGGCGCCGCGAAGCCCGAUGUGGUCCGGAGGCAGUGGGAAGGCGCGGGGCUGGGAGGCCGCGGCGGGAGGGAGGAGCAGCCCCAGCAGGCUCAGCCGCCGCCGAAUCAUGUCGAUGAGUCCAAAGCACACGACUCCGUUCUCAGUGUCUGACAUCUUGAGUCCCCUGGAGGAAAGCUACAAGAAAGUGGGCAUGGAGGGCGGCGGCCUCGGGGCUCCGCUGGCGGCUUACAGGCAGGGCCAGGCGGCUCCGCCGGCCGCGGCCAUGCAGCAGCACGCCGUGGGGCACCACGGCGCCGUCACCGCCGCCUACCACAUGACGGCGGCAGGGGUGCCCCAGCUCUCGCACUCCGCCGUGGGGGGCUACUGCAACGGCAACCUGGGCAACAUGAGUGAGCUGCCGCCGUACCAGGACACCAUGCGGAACAGCGCCUCGGGCCCCGGAUGGUACGGCGCCAACCCAGACCCGCGCUUCCCCGCCAUCACCCGCUUCAUGGGCCCGGCGAGCGGCAUGAACAUGAGCGGCAUGGGCGGCCUGGGCUCGCUGGGGGACGUGAGCAAGAACAUGGCCCCGCUGCCAAGCGCACCACGCCGGAAGCGCCGGGUGCUCUUCUCCCAGGCUCAGGUGUACGAGCUGGAGCGACGCUUCAAGCAACAGAAGUACCUGUCGGCGCCCGAGCGGGAGCACCUGGCCAGCAUGAUCCACCUGACACCCACGCAGGUCAAGAUCUGGUUCCAGAACCACCGCUACAAGAUGAAGCGCCAAGCCAAGGACAAGGCGGCGCAGCAGCAACUACAGCAGGACAGCGGCGGCGGCGGCGGGGGCGCCGGGUGCCCGCAGCAGCAGCAAGCGCAGCAGCAGUCGCCGCGCCGCGUGGCAGUGCCGGUCCUGGUGAAAGACGGCAAACCCUGCCAGGCAGGAGCCCCCGCGCCUGGUGCCGGCAGCCUUCAAGGCCACGCGCAACAGCAGGCGCAGCAGCAGGCGCAGGCUGCUCAGGCGGCCGCGGCGGCUAUCUCAGUGGGCAGCGGUGGCCCUGGCCUGGGUGCACACCCGGGCCACCAGCCGGGCAGCGCAGGCCAGUCUCCGGACCUGGCACACCACGCCGCCAGCCCCGCGGCGCUUCAGGGCCAGGUCUCCAGCCUGUCCCACCUGAACUCUUCGGGCUCGGACUAUGGCACCAUGUCUUGCUCCACCUUGCUAUAUGGUCGGACCUGGUGAGAGGACACCGGGCCAGGCCGGGCCCAGCGCGCUGCCUCAUCGCUGCCCCUCCUGCCGGUCACACAAUCACCAACUACCCGCCGCUCCCUGCGCUUCGACUUUUCUUAAUAAUCUGUCCCGUUUAGACCGAG